UCGAACCGCAGACCCACUGAAGAGCAGGACCUGGUCCAACCCACUGCGCCACCACGCCCCCUCCCCUCAGCAUUAAUUUCCCUUUAUUUAUGAGGGACCGCAAAUGCAUUGAUUAUCUUUUCUUUAAGUGUGUUACUGGGGUCAGAGCUCAUUGAGACCAAAGGUAACAAUACAUGACUAAUUAAGCUGACUAUUCCAACCCCUGCCUUCCUAACUAUAAGCUUACAUUCCAAAGGAUCAUAGAGAAAGAUGAAUCUAACUGUUGGGAGCCACUCAAUUUAUCUGAGUGAUGGAAACAAAAUCCCACUUAUUGGACUGGGAACCUAUAGCGAUCCUGACAAAACUCCCAAAGGAACAGCCUAUGAGUCCGUGAAGUGCGCCAUCGAUUUUGGAUACAGGCACUUUGAUGGAGCUCUCGUGUAUUUCAACGAGCACGAAAUUGGACAGGCCAUUUGUGAGAAAAUAGCAGAUGGAACCGUCAAACGAGAAGAGAUCUUCUACUGUGGGAAGUUGUGGAAUACCUUCCAUCCCCCUGAGCUGGUGAGGCCUGCUCUUGAGAAAACCCUGAAAACCCUGCAGUUUGACUAUGUAGACCUCUACAUCAUCGAGCUCCCGCUGGCCUUUAAGCCUGGAGACACCUUUUUCCCCAGGGAUGAGAACGGCAAAUGCAUUUACCAUAAAGCAGACCUCUGCGCCACGUGGGAGGCACUGGAAGCCUGCAAGGACGCUGGACUAACUAAGUCCAUUGGAGUAUCUAACUUUAACCGCCGACAGCUGGAGAUGAUUCUGAACAAACCAGGCCUUAAACAUAAGCCUGUCUCCAAUCAGGUUGAGUGCCACCCAUAUUUUACUCAGCCCAAGCUGCUGGAGUACUGUCGGCAGAACAACAUUGUGAUUGUAGGAUACAGCCCCCUGGGGACCUCCAGAGAUGCCUCCUGGGUCAACUUGAAGUGCCCCCCAUUGUUGGAGGACCCACUGUUGGUCUCCAUUGGGAAGAAGCAUGGAAAGUCUGCAGCUCAGGUGGUGCUUCGCUUCAACGUGCAGCGAGGUGUCGUCGUCAUCCCCAAGAGCUUCAACCAAAAGCGCAUAAAGGAGGAUUUCGAGAUAUUUGACUUUUCCCUCACUGAAGAUGAAAUGAAAGCAAUUGAAGGGCUGAACAAAAACAUUCGUUUUGUUGAACUUCUCAUGUGGAGUGACCACCCGGAAUAUCCAUUCCAUGAUGAAUACUGAACUAGUGUCUUCUUCCAAGGGGCCAAGACACAAAAGUGCUCUACUGACUUCAUUAAAGGAUGUUUCUUGUUUCAAA